UUUGGAAGCAACAAAGUAAAGACCGUUUGGAUUAUAAUAGAGAGAUUGCGCGUUUUAUUUGUAUAUUUCUGUGUGUGUGUUUGCAAUGAAAUUUUUAUAAUUUGAAUUGAAAUUUUUAACUACUUAGCACCUACAUACAACAAAGUCAAAUGAAUAUACUUAACUAAUCAACGAGUAGCCAAGUCAAUAAUAAUAAACAACAAACACAGCUAAAAGAUGUUCAGCUGAUGGGAAAAAACCUACCACUUUUAAACUGGUGUGUGGGAAAAAUCGAUCCACAAACUGUUCGCAAAGGAGAAGAGAAAAUGUUGGCUUAAACAAAAAGAAAGACUUUUGACAACAAACAACAACAAGUUCACUGUGAUACAAUUUGCAGUACAAAUUAGUUAAAUACUUAGUGUAGCCAUUUCUAACAAAAGAACCAAUCGAACAUUACAACAACAACUACACUUAUUUUCAAGUGCAAUAUCAAUAUUUUCGCCAAGAUUCUCAACUUAAACUAAAUUAAAUAUUCAUCUCAACAUUCCUGCGCAACAUAAAAACAACAAAAUGGCUGUAAAAACGUACUAGGCCAGCCCUCACAAUGUCUGUCCCUGUACGCUACUCUGCUGCCGCCGAAUACGCCGUCGUUGAUAGUGGUUUGGAUAAUACUCUAACCCAAGAAGAGCAAUACCACAGACAACAACAGCAACAGCAGCUCCAGCACCAGCAUCAGCAAUAUCAGCAGCAACAGCAAUACGAACAGCAGCAAUACCAGCAACAACAAUACGAACAGGAGCAGCAGGAGAUUCUAUUGUAUUGCCAAUUGCAAGAGCAGCUGGAGGCUGAGGCUGAGGCUCGUGAGGCGGUGCGGCAGCAGCAGCAGCAGUUGAUGCAGCAGAGGUCAUCGAUGUCGUCGUCGUCGGGAAUGCCAGGACUUGAAUUGCCCAUCAACAUCAACAACAACAACAUCAUCAAUAGCAACAUCGCCGCCAGCAACAGCAACAUUAACAACAACAAUAUGGAUGCAGUUAGCAUUAAUGCUAUCCUGGUCGAUGAUGAGCAGCCCUCAACAUCGGCACAGGCUGCAGCAGCGGCGGCGACAGCAAUGUUGGUUGGUGGCAACAACAAAUCGGGCAUUGACCACAACGCAGAGAUGCCAACUGAUUGGAUGAGGAUUGCGAACGAGGGCCGGUAUGGGACACCGGGUGCUGCUGGCUUGGAAUAUCAAAAGUACGAACAACAACAACAGCAGCAACAGCAAUCACUGGAAGCCGAAGCUGGUCCAGCAGCAGCAGCAGCAGCUGAGCCAACAACAGCACUGAAGAAACUUGAGGAUCAAUUGCAUGCACUCACCUCCGAUGAAUUGUAUGAGACCCUGAAGGAGUACGACGCACUGCAGGACAAAUAUCAUACCGUGCUGCUACUGCCCAAGGAGUCGAGGCGUGAGGUGACUGCAGGUGGUCGCGAUGGAUCGGCGUAUGUGCUCCGAUGCCUAAAGAUGUGGUACGAGCUGCCGUCUGAUGUGCUCUUCUCAGCCAUGAGCCUGGUGGAUCGUUUCCUCGAUCGCAUGGCCGUCAAGCCCAAGCAUAUGGCCUGCAUGAGCGUUGCCUCCUUCCAUUUGGCCAUCAAGCAGCUGGACUUGAAGCCCAUUCCUGCCGACGAUCUGGUUACAAUAUCUCAGUGUGGUUGUACCGCUGGCGAUCUGGAGCGAAUGGCCGGCGUGAUUGCCAACAAGCUGGGUGUACAGAUGGGACAUGCACCCAUCACUUCAGUGAGCUACCUGCGCAUCUAUUACGCACUCUUCCGCAAUCUGGCGAAGGAGAUUGGCGGUGAUUUCUUCAAGUUCUAUCAGCAGCUGAUCAAGCUCGAGGAGCUGGAGAAUCGCCUGGAGAUCUUGUUGUGCGAUGUCAAGACAACGGUGAUUACGCCCGCCACAUUGGCGCUAGUUCUCAUCUGUCUGCAUCUCGAUUUCCACAUCAAGGAGUCCUACACCCGCGGCAGCCCUGAGCUCAAGCAUGUCUUUGAGUACAUACUCUUCCUGCAGCAAUACAUGAGGAUUCCCGAUCGCGUUUUCACCUGCGGUUUUAGCAUUGUCUCGGGCAUUCUGUCCCAUUACAACGGUCAGAAUAAGGCGCCCUACAAGCAGCGGCUUGUCUGGAAACUUUCCAGUCGCACGCUGCGCGUCCUGCGCCCGACCAAUCGCUUCUCAUCGGAUUUGCCCACCAUCGAGGAAGGCAUUUCGAAUGCUCUAGACGACGGCCUGCGUUCAAGAACCGAGAGUAUUAGCUCUGAGGAGGAGGAGGAUUGGCCAACUUCACCCAUUAUUCCAAUUUUCGAACAAUGUUAGUAGUACCCAGCAGCAAGUAAGCAGCAUCCAAGCAAAAGCAGCCCCCAAAAGGAAAAACCAACGGACAACAAUUGGCGGGGCCAGAUUUGAUUUGAUUGAACAGCAGCAGCAGCAACAGCAGACAGCAAGCAAGCAAGCAGAAAGCAAACAGCAGCAGCAGGAAUCAUCCAUUUGACACACACACUACACUACACAAGCAAAUCUGUGGCAGCAGCAGCAACAACAGUAACAAUGUUGCAGCAAAACAAAAACAUCAGACAUAUCCACCACGACUCCAAGGGAGUUCAGCAACAACGACAACAGCAACAACAAAUAAGUAACUGCCCCACAAUUUGACAAACAACAAAAGAUCAGAGAUAGAUUUAUUUUGAUAGCGAUAGAGAGAGAGUGUGUGUAAAUGGGUGUGCGUGUGUAUAUUUUGCUAAAGUGCAUCAUAAUUCGUUUAGCAUAUGCAUAAAUAUUAUUUACGCUGGUUCUACCAUUUAAGAAACUAUUGAAAAAUGCGAAGUCAGCCAGCGAUGAUUCCGUUGCACUAGGCGACAUGGAAAAUUCAUUUUUCGAUUUAUUUGCGGCAAGACAAGAAAAAUACGUUAAACAAAAAAACAAAAAACAAAUGAAAAAAAAAUUACAAAAAAAUAUAUAUAAAAUAGAAUGCUGCGGACCAUCAUACAAAAGAUUGAUGUCGUUCCGGACCAUUUUUUGAGAUCAGUGAAUGAAACACGAUUAGAGAGAAUUGAUGACGACCCCCAAAUCACAGGCGUACGGAACGGAACAGCAAUUUUUUGUCGGUAGCGCUUGGAAAAAAAAUUCAAAAAACCACUUAAACAAAUCAAAAAGAAAACAAAAAAAAUAUCUUAAACUAAAUCUUCUAUACCCUCCCAAUUCAAAUUAGUUUAUAUAAUUUUUAUGUUCUCCAUGUUUGUUUUGUAAAACACCUUAAAAAAAAAACUUAUUAAAAAACGAUGGACCCAUGAACACAUAAGCCAGAAAAGUAAAAGGUAAAUGAGAAAAAAAAAAAAAAAAAACCAAAAAAAGUACAAAA